AUGGAUGAUAUCAAUGAAACGGAAGUGGAAGAAUUUAUUCUAUUGGCAUUUUCCGACUUCCAACAAUAUGAGAAGUUUCUUUUCAUUCUUGUUUUACUGACUUAUGUUUUCUGCAUUAUCGGGAACAUCUCCAUCAUCGUCCUUAUUCGAGUCCAGCUUUCACUGCACACGCCGAUGUACUAUUUUAUUAGUAUUUUUGCCAUGCUCGAAAUGACGUUUGUGUCCGUGUCGGUUCCAAAGCUCUUAGCUAAUCUCAUUGCGUCCAACAAGAAGAUAUCAUUCCGAGGCUGUUUCACUCAGCUGUACGCGUUAAAUGCUUUAGGCGAAACAGAAUGUUUUCUCCUCGCAGUCAUGGUCUUCGAUCGACACUUGGCUAUUCACAACCCGUUACGUUAUUCAGCGAUUAUGAACCAUUGCACGGUUACACAGUUAACAGUUCUGCCGUGGGUCCUUGGAUUUGCCAUUUCUUUUAUUCCUACAUUCUUCACGGCUCACUUAGAAUUCUGUGGCCCUAACAAGGUCGACCAUUUCUUCUGUGACUUGGCCCCACUGCAAAGCUUGGCUUGUUCCAACCCUGACACCAGUAAGGCAAUGACAAGCUUAGCGGCCGUUCUGGCAACCGUUCUCCCAUUUAUCAUAAUAAUGGGAUUUUAUAUACAUAUUAUAUAUACAGUCUUUAAUAUGCAGGGAUCAAUGAGCAAACGGAAAUCCUUCUCCACGUGCACAUCGCAUCUUAUCGUGGCCAGCCUGUUCUACGGUACUGCCAUCACCGUGUACAUUAACCCUAAAGGCCGACAAUACGAGAAAUUCCUUGCCCUAAUGUACACAGUUCUAACUCCGCUGGUGAAUCCCUUCAUUUACACCUUGAGAAACAGAGACGUGAAGGCUGCAAUUCUAAAAUCAUGUAGACAAUGUGUAAAUAACCUUCAAAUGUCAUUGUAA